ACCUCUUGCCGCAAGCCCACCAUUAGAGAGUGCCCGUGCUCCCGCAAGGAACAAGGCAUGUCGACGACACCCCGCCGCCGCUUCAGUAGCGCGCACGAUGCCGCCGCCCGCACUCUAGGCCGGCCCUUGGCGGUGCUGUUUCUGUUGCUCAUCCAGCCCGCGCCAGUCUUCGUGGGCGCCCAGGGCACGGGCGGCUUCCCCCGCUGGCAGUUCCUGAACCAGUUUGUGUCAAGCCCUGGCGGAGGCAACCUGCCGCCGCGUCAGACCCUGUGGAGCCGGUGGCAGAAGUGGAGCGCGUGGCGGGGGGCCAACAGCAACCCCAGCACCGGCACAACCGGCACCGGCACCACUACCGGCACCCCCGGCCAAGCCGACCUGGAGCCCCUCACGCUGGACUCCCUGCAAAGCAUCUUCGGCGGCAUCCAAGACCAGCUGCUUUUCCAGGACCUGGGCUCACCAUUCACUGGGCCGGUCUCCGGCGGGUUCAAGGGCGCAUUCCGGCAGCCGUCUUCGCCGUCGGGGCCGCCAGGCAUGGGCGUGGGCUCGCCGCCCGGCGUCCGCGCCCCCACGUUUGACAAGGCCGUCAAGGAGCCGCUGUCAGGCCAGGACUUCCAGGACUUCCUGGACAGCAUUAGCGCGAACCUGGACGCUGCCAGUAUCACCUCCGCAGCUCUGAAUACGGUGUCUGGCAUUGUGUACACAGUCUCAGGUGCUCUUUCCACGGCCUCCGUGGGUCUGUCGCUCACCACGGCGGUGCCGCUGCUGUUUUUCGGGCUGUUCAACUUGGAGGUCUCCACAGUGGCCUUCCUUCAGGGUCUCCGGUCCGAUUACCAGGGCAUGUUCACCAUGGAGCUUAUCCGCGUGCUGCAGAGCGCCGACCAGCUGAGGCAGCGCAUCCGGUCGGGCGCGCUGAUCUCCGAGCUGGAGGCCCAGCUGCAGAGGGUGCGGCAGGUGCGUGCCAUGCUGCGCAGCAUACGCCGCGACUCGCCCCUGCGCGUGCGCAUUGCGUCUGCUGCCGCCGGGGCGACUGGGGCAGCCGACAGCAGCAGCAGCAGCGGCUGAAAGUGGCCAAGGGCUGUUGAUAAGUCGUGAUGCAGUACUAUUAGGGGGGCAUAGUGGUGGUGGUAUUAGCUCUGGUGGUUUAUGAAGUGCGUGCGUUUGCAAGACGUGCGUGUGUGGGCUGGCGUGUGUGGGCAGUGAAGACGAUAGGCUGGUGACGCCAGCAGUUGUACACGAGUGAUUCUGUGAUUGUAUGGACUAGUAUCAAUACCGUAAUACCUUGCUAGCCAUGCAUUGGCACACGUGUUGCCGGAGUGUGAGCUGAUGUGUGGCCGGCCGGCGGGCCAAGGUAAGUCUCAGUGGCCUGCGUUAAUCAGGCCCUUGGCAACCGCGUCCACGUAUGUGGGCAUCAGCCAUAAACGAAUGGACCUGACUGAUGACCCCGCCGGCAAGAGCAACAUCCCGAUUGAUAGGGUGCCAACUGCGAUAGAUGCGUGCUUGCAGCGGAAUGAGUGACGCUGUGGGGCCCACAUGGUGUGUGUUUUGGCCAUCCUGGUCAUCUGUCGUGAACGGAAUGUACCUUGGACAAGGGCAUGUGCAAAAGGCAUUUGCAGCGUGUGGCUUGACCACAAGUGUUU